AUGGAAAAUAUAAAUAUCCGCCCAGCAACAAUUGAGGACGCUCCUUCAAUAUCCCAAAUCCAAUAUGAAGCCCUCAAACAAUUCCACAAUUUCUACAGCGGAUUCCUGGCGACUCAUCCUCGUGACAUUCUUCCGAUAACUACCAAGACAGCCAUCAGCGAUCCCAAGAAUAUCUUCCUUGUCGCCGUGGACGCGGCAACGAAUGAGGUAGUGGGAUUUGUUAGGUAUGCGAUAGUACCAGAAAAGCAGGCCGAAGAAGAAAAGCAUGAGAAAGAGGAGGAGAAAGAAGAUGCAAAAAGUCAAUUAGACCGAAGUCAGCCGGUAUUCGCGAAUUUAUUUGCUCCAAAGGAUCAUGUCAAGGAAUUGUGGGAAGAAUUUAGUACGAGGGAUGAUGAGAUGGAUGCUUGCUAUGAGGGGGUAGUGAAGGGGCAGAAGCAUUACUGUACCGCCCCUACCACCGAGUCAAUGAAGUAA